GACGGUGACACCAAGGUGGAAUACCGCGCCUGGAACCCCUUCCGCUCCAAGUUGGCGGCCGCCAUCUUGGGUGGCAUCGACCAGAUCCACAUCCGCCCGGGGACGAAGGUCCUUUAUCUCGGCGCUGCCUCGGGGACGACCGUGUCCCACGUCUCCGACAUCGUGGGACCAGAGGGUUUGGUUUACGCCGUGGAAUUCUCGCAUCGCUCGGGCCGUGACCUCAUCAACGUCGCCAAAAAACGCACCAACGUCAUCCCCGUCAUCGAGGACGCCCGGCACCCCCACAAGUACCGCAUGCUCAUCG